AUAAAGGCCUUGAAAGACACGAUAAGGACCCCCCAAAUCAUGUAAAAUAAUUUGAAGUGCAGAUGAAGAGCGGCAGUUGGGAUGUGUGCAAAAGAGGCCAAACAGAAGAUUUGAAGCAGUAAAUGUGUGCUGGGAACGAAGAAUAAAGAAGAGAUCUCCGUUCCAUUGGACACACUUACAGAGGAAGAGAGCAGAGCAUUACGCCGCAGCCGCUUUUCGUCACCACUUCCAACUCCCUCACCCAAUACUCAACCCAGGGAAUGGGUAUGAACAACUUACAAAAUGUGAAGCGGAAAAUGCUAAAGCAAAUGCUCUUCUAUGCUAAAUUGCAAGAAAAUCAACAAGCUUUGAGUGUUAAGCGGACCAUUGCUAAGAAGAGUCGCAGACAGAGAAACAAAUCAGGUCAAACAUUAAACGAUCUGUCGUGUCUUGCUGAAAGUCUUCCUUCGUUUACGGACCCAAAAUCUGUUGCCACAAGUACUAAGCUGUACUGCAAGUCUUGUCAAAAGCUUGUAGUAAAGGAAACCAAGCAAUUGGCAGCUGUGCUGGCACAUCCAGUGUUUAAUUCAGAUCCCUUCUCUGCCAUUCAACAACACCUUGAAAAUACUCUUGGCCCACAGAUAAACACUGAAGCUAAGUCUAAACAUGCAAACAAGGGAAGAAUCUCUAAAAAGAAGAAAAACAGGCCAUAAUCAACUGGUAUUGUACAGGCAAUGGAUGUAUAGCAGUAACUGUUACCUCCCUCUAAAUGGAAGGUGCAUUACAAAUUUUGGUGUUUUGAUUUUAACUCUGCUAAUUGAGUUAGAAUUUUAUGAAAAAAAAUGAAAUGCUAUUUAAUUUUUAGGUAAUGAGAAAACAUUAAUAUUUGAUUUUGCAGUAAUGGAACUCUGAUUAUGUUUUGUGAGGAUCAUUGCUAACUUGUUAAUGAGAAAGAAGUAAUACUAGGUUUCGGUUAUGAAA